GUAAGAUGGUCUCCUGCCUGGGCGCGUCCUGCGACCUGGCGGGGGGUUGGCUGCCACCGGACCGCAGCUCUUCGUGCCCCGGGGGCGAGGUGUGGACGAACACGGAGGGCUGCACCCAGUGCAGUCCAGGAGACUUCGCGACGGCAGCCAUGCUGGCCUGCGCGGCCUGCGGGGCCGGGGGCUUCAGCAACUUCAGCGGCGCCGACGCGUGCCAGCCCUGCGCGCCAGGCUUCUUCGCUGCAAACACCGGCGCCACGGCGUGCGCAGCCUGCGGUCAAGGUGAGUACCUUGAGACAUCUUCGGGCACGGCGUGCCUGAAGUGUCCCGCGGGGACCUUCAGCGAAGCCGCAGGCCUCACCCAAUGCGCCGAGUGCCCUCCAGGGCGCUCCAGCGACUUUGAGGGCACCAGCAGCGCGCGGAUGUGCAGCUGCCGACCCGAGACGCGGCUGGAGGAGGAGGAGUGCGUGCCCUGCGCGGACACUGAGGUGUGCGAGGGCGGGCGGGUGGUGGCUACGCGGCCCUCGGCCAAGCAGUGGCUGGAGCUGGUGGAGCAGAUGAGCUUGUUGGAGGCCCAGGGGGAGACCAUGGCGAGACUCUUCCUGCAGAUCGCCGCGGGCAUCCAGGUCAACAGCAGCAAGGCGUCCCUGUUGGACUUGAUGGACGUCUACAACUCCAGCCUCUUUUCCAUCACUUUCGGGGAUUCGGCGAAUAAUAUCCCUGCCCCGACCAGUCCAGAGGUUCAGGAUGCGCUUGAGGGCGCGCUGAGCGUGUGGUUGCCCUUGCGAUCCUUGCUGGCUGAUAAUGUGGACACCGUGCGCACAGACGGCGUUGACACAUCAGUGGUAGGGGCUGUGACGGACUCAUCAAGCGCGCUCUACUACAAGGUGGAUGCUGCCUGGAAGGCCCUCGUUGAUGACGCAGAUGAAGCAGGUGCCAAGCUCAAUGGCUUGGCGGUGAACAUUGCUGAACGUCAGCGCAUUCUGAUCCAGCGCAUGUGCAAGGACGUGCUUCUCGUGGCGCAUGCGGUUUCGUUGGACUACUCUUUCGCAAACCUCCAAUCCGUGGUGGGCCUCUACGAGGAGUCUGGGGAGGGCAUCGUCUUCGGCAUCCGCGCGGCGGGCGUGCCGGAGCUGACGGACAUGUGCACCAUGCAUCAGAUGCGAGAGGUGAGCUUUUACUACCAGCAGGUCAGGCCAUUCAUGCGAGAAGUCCUCAACGCGCAGUCCAGCUUCGAGGCCUCCGAAAUCGCGUCCGCCGUGGUGGGCGACGUGGUGCGCUUCGUGGACCCGCUCUACGCCGCGAUGGUGGCGGCGGCGCAUCUGUACUUGAACAGCAGCAGCGCCUCUUGCGAUCCGCUGGUGACCACCACUUGGAACGAGUGGCGGGCGUUGAGCCUGGGCAUCUGCGACACCCGCAUCGGGCUGCAGCGUUCCCUGCGGUUCUUCAUGCAAAUCGCCAACGGCCUUGCGGUUCAAGAGAGCAAGGUCGAGCUGACAGUGGUUGUGGCCAAGCAGACGCAGCUCAUGCGCGACUUGGUGACCGGCAACAAGAUGGAUGACAUGCCAGCGCCCGUGACCCAGAAGAUUAUGGACAAGGUCAUCCACGCGCGGGAGGCCUGGAGCAACUUGGCCGAUGGCCUGGAUGAGGCCAUCCAGCAGGAUGAGCUGCCCAAGGUGGAUGUGCUGCGAGGGCUGCUGCUUGGCAACGUUCUCUUCGAAGAUCUGAUGGAUGCCAUGGAGCUCUUCGUGGCGGAGGCCGCCGUGGCCACCGUGCAGAGCCGCAUCCUGGACCUCACGCACCGGCAGCAGUUCCGCUUCCACCAGUUGCCGGUGAAGGCGUACCAGAUCCUCUUGGGCAUUCACGUGGAGGAGGCCUGGCGGGAUCUCAACGCCACGGUGACCUCCUUCCGCCAGAUGCGCCGUGACCUGGUGCUGGGGGCGCCGGGAAGCGUCAUGGAGCUGAAGCCGGUGACCAACGUCUGCAUCGCCCGUAUGAUGAGCAAAGUGUUCGACACCUGGUACGAGUUGGAGCAGGCGUGCUACGCCGUGGCGCGGGGGGACGGGUCCAAAGUGAGAGAGAUCAACCUGCUGAGCUCCCGGGGGCACAGCGACAUGGAGGCGCCCUCCCACGGGCUGGAGCGAUUCUACGAAGGACAGUGGGAGGUGUGCGAAAACCUCACGCUGGGUGUGGCGGAUUGGACGCUGCUCAUGGCGGAGGUGACGCGGCUGGCACAGCUCAGCCAGCGCGUGAUGAGCUCCAUGGUGGCCGCGCAGGAGGGCCUCGACGGAGACCUCACGGUGAGUCUGGCAGAGCUGCGGGCGUCCCUGGAGCGGCUGAUACUGGGCUUCCCCAACAUGGUGCCGGUGCAGCCUACCCAGGCGCUUUUCAGGCGCAUCCUGGACGUGGCGGCGCCCGCGGUGGACGCUUUGGCCUCCGCGGUGGCUGAGGGCGCCGUGGCGCGGGCGCAGAGCCGCGCCGGCGAGCUGCUGGAGGUCGCCCGGGCGCUGCUGCGGGUCUACACCGGGGAGGGUCUGCAGCAGGAGCCCUCCUGGCCCGGUCAGAGAGUGCAAUUGGCGAUGUGGCAAUCUGUGCUGGCGCAGAAGCUUGCCAAAGAAGCGGUAAUCUCCGUCUACAACGUCGCCACGCUGGGCGCCAACAUGGAUGCCACCAUCCGAGACUUUGAGACAGCCCAGUCGCAGCUCAGGGAUGGCGGCGGAGAUGUGCCGAAUGGCAUCGUCCCGGAACGAGAUGAUCUGCUGAAGCAGUGGGAGAGAGUCAACUUGGCUUGGUCGAGGUUUGUGGCGUCCUUGCAGAGCCUGCAGGAAAUGGAGCCAGCUCUGUUGGACUUGUUGGCAGAGCUGGAGAGAGCUGUUCCUUUGUAUGGUGUGCGAGACAUCGAGUCUCCGGAUGUUACCCCUUGGGGUUUUUACAUUGCCUAUGCACUGCUGGGCCUUGUUCUGCUUUGUUGCUCUUGCGCUGCAUGCUACGUGGCGCGGAAGGCCAGCAAGAAGGCUCAGAGUCAGGAUUGCUCACAGGUUUGAGCAUGCCUGGCGACUGAUUUUGUUUGCUUCUCAAGAAUUGGGAAGAGGGAAAGCAUGUUUGGUGAACUUUCCUCGCAGUAAUGUCCAAUCGGGAUUAGUAAAGGGGGGUCCCCCCCCCGCCCAACGAUGGGGCACCUGGAA